UCAAACUGUUCCCUGAACUUAAAGAAGUCGUUUAGCGAUUCCUUUAAAUCGAUUUAUUAUUGAUAAACGGCGUGAUUUAUAUGAAAUCAAUUAUAUUUAUUCGAAAAUAUACAAGGUAUAAUUGCUGUUAGUGGUUGUCACAUUCGCAUACAAUACUGAUUCACGUGUCAUUCAGCAAAUCAUUUAGCAGCGCUGUCAAGUCUUCAACUGACUCCUCAGAAGAAAUAAGGUGCGAAGGUGGAGCGAAAGUGAAAAUUUACAUUUAUCAAUAUUUGCAGAUUCUCUCGUUUUUAUCUGACGUUUUUGGUUCUACCCUGUAUACUCGUUUGACACAAAAGCUUAGUGCAUAAUUCAUCCAAAGAUUUAAACGCGUGUCCGAAAGUUGUCAAAUAAAAUAGCUCAGGUCCGUCUGUGGAAAAUUUUAAUUCAAUAGAAUUUCGUUUUGCGAGAUACAUAAUCGGAACAGUAGUGCAAUAUAAAAAUAAUCUUAUAAAAGGAAAUUACAGUGCAAAUUGUUUGGGAGGAGAGCAAAAUAAAUAGGAAAAAUUGUGAUAUUGUGAGAAUUUCCGUAUAAUCUGCCAGCGCCAAUGCCAAAGUUAACUGCUACGCCGGCUGACAACGAUAGCUCUCCACGAUAAAAAUCAUUCUCGCGUACGACUAUCUAGUUGGCGCAAGCGGCUGUGUUCUCCCUUUACUUUCGGGAAUAGUUGACGAAGAAACAAAACAAAACCUUUUAAGUAAAUAAAAAAGUAUUAAUACAAGUGUUGAAGAAUAUUAAUUCUUAAGUGUUAACAAUUAUAAGAAAAUCAGUAAGUUACAUUGACUAACUAGUAAAAUAUAAAAAUACAUCAGGAGAUUGAACAACGAUAUACGAGAAUAAACGAAAAUGCUGAUCAAAGAAUACCGCGUUACCUUGCCAUUAACUGUGGAAGAGUAUCAAGUUGCACAACUUUAUUCAGUUGCUGAGGCAUCGAAGAAUGAGACCGGCGGCGGCGAAGGCAUUGAAGUGCUAAAAAACGAACCCUUCGAUAAUUAUCCCCUAUUGGGUGGUAAAUACAAUGCUGGUCAGUAUACAUAUAAAAUCUAUCAUUUGGCAUCAAAAGUUCCAGCAUUUAUAAGACUGUUGGCACCGAAGGGUUCCUUAGAAAUACAUGAAGAGGCAUGGAAUGCCUAUCCAUAUUGUCGAACGGUCAUAACGAAUCCUAAAUUUAUGAAAGAUGGUUUUAGAAUUACCAUAGAUUCGAUGCACGUGCGAGAUGAUGCGGGCAAUAUACCAAAUGUGCAUGAACUGCCACCUGAGAAACUUAAAACACGUGAAGUUGUUCACAUCGACAUUGCGAAUGAUACCGUCUUGCCUGCCGAUUACAAACCCACUGAGGAUCCAACCAAAUUUAAGUCAGAGAAAACUGGUCGUGGCCCGCUGGUGGGUCCAAAUUGGAAGAAAAACGUCGAUCCAGUGAUGACUUGCUACAAAUUGGUGACAUGCGAAUUUAAAUGGUUUGGAUUGCAGACAAGAAUAGAAAACUUUAUACAAAARUCAGAGCGACGAUUAUUUACAAACUUCCAUCGUCAAGUGUUCUGUUGGAUGGAUCGCUGGCACGGUCUGACAAUGGAGGACAUACGCGCCAUUGAGGAGAAGGUCAAAGAGGAGCUUGAUCGGCAGCGUCAGGUGGGCGAGGUGCGGGGCAUGCGUGCUGAUAGUGAUUAAAGAAAAUAAUCAAAGCUUAAACAAAUUUAUGACAAAAGCAACCACAACAUAACAACACCAAAACUACAACAACAUCAAAUGCAAACAAAAAACUCUACAACAAAUAGAAAUAGUAGAUACUAAACGCCUCCGUAAGCAACCAUUCACUCUCUACUCAAUCUUUCCAAAUGCACCACUCAAACCUGAACUUAUUUCACUGCUUUAAGCUGACGAGAGAGCAUAAGUAAGGAAGUUGCACUUUCGAAAUGGUGCAUCCCUUGGCUGUUUUUCCAACCGGAAGCGCAGUGCUACAAAUUUCACAUCAUCAGUAGUUGUUCCGUUAUUUUUUUUUUAUCAUGUAUUGUCUAUACUCACAACCACAUGCCGUUCUUUAACAGCGGAGACUUCAGCAGGCGCAAGUUAUUUGAAGGAAACGCAUAUUUAACUAUGAUCCUAAGCAGUAGUUUAAAUUUAAUGUGCACUCCUAAGUUGUGUGAGAGCCAAUAUUAUAAUUUGCUUUUGAAAUUACAUUUAGCUUAGUUAAGCAUACAACAGAAACGUAUUGAUAAUUAAACCAACCACAAGCAACAGAAAUACACUGUUUAAAUAAAUGUGAAUCAACAAAAAACCAUAGACUAAACCAAGUUAAGAAGAAAUACAAUUUAAAUAAAAAAAAGCAAAGCAACUUAUUAUAAAGAA